AUGGGGGGCAGCCUCAGCCUCAGCCUCAGCCUCGUGUCCCUCCUCGACUACUUCGCCCGCCGCCAGUUCCUCGCCGCCGGCCUCCGCCAGCACUCCGUGACGCUCCCCUACCCCGACGGCGGCUCCUGCUGCACCGUGCACUACUGGGCCCCGCCGGGCGAGCCGCGGCUCCCGCCACUUCUACUCAUCCACGGCUUCGGCCCUCGGGCCACCUGGCAGUGGCGCUGCCAGGUCGGGCCGCUCUCCCGCCACUUCCACCUCAUCGUCCCCGACCUCCUCGGCUUCGGCGGCAGCUCGUGCGACUUCGCCUCCUCGCCGCCGCCGUCGGAGGCCACGCAGGCGGCGGCGCUCGCGGCUCUGCUGGACUCGGUGGACGGGUUGAAGGGCAAGCGGGUGGCCGUGGCGGGGACGAGCUACGGCGGGUUCGUGGCGUACUGCCUGGCGCGCGCGGCGGGGCCCAAGAGGGUCGGCCCCGUCGUGGUCGCCAGCUCCGACCUGCUUAAGACGGAGGCGGACCAUCGCGCCUUCAUGAAGAGGGCCGGCGAAAGGUGGAAAAGCGGGGACGAGCUGCUCAUUCCCACGGAGCCUGCCGGGAUGAAGAGGCUCAUGGAGAUGACCAUGUACCGGCCGCCGCCAGCGCUGAUGACACUGGACUUCGUGCUCCGGGACUUCAUCCAGAAACUCUUCACGGACUACAGGGAACAACUCAUCCAUGUUCUAAAGGGGAUCACGGUCGGCACAGACAAGUUCCAAGUAGCACCAUUAUCUCAGGAAGUGCUAAUUGUUUGGGGAGAGCAUGACCAGUUGUUCCUGGUAGAGAAGGCAUCUGUAAUUCAAAGAUCUUUGGACGGGAAAGCUAGAGUGGAGAUCAUAAGUAAGACAGGCCACUGUCCACAGAUCGAGGACCCAUCACGGUUCAACAAAAUUUUGAAGGACUUCUUGCUGUCUGCUGACAAGCCUGAUCCUGUUUGCAUCAAGGACAGCUCGCUAUGAGAUGAAUAGUUUUGCAAAUUGCAAUAAGUUUGCUUAGCCAUCUCGGUCAUUUCAGAGGCG